UUCUAUUUUUAUCUUACGUGCCACUCAAAUAUUUGAUUUGGGGCAUUAGAAUCCAAGAUUUGUAGAAUUUUAUUCUUUUUCAAUUUGUACAAAAAAUUUUGGGGUUUGCUAAAUUGAUUGGUACAUACAUAGAUAGAUACAAUAAUCAUAAUAAUAUACACAUGCAAUUGAAUUUGCAUUUGGGUUUUCUUUGAUGUGUUGAUUUGUGAAGGAAUUUUGGUGGUUAAUUCUUCUGUACGCAACAGUUGUCGUUUCAAUUCAGAAGGUGGAAACAAUUUUUUGCGAAGAACUUUGCUGCAUUGAGCUGCAUAACUUGUUCAAUUGGGUUUAUCCUUCAUUUUACAAUUUGCAUUGAAUGAAACAGUUGAAAUUGGCUGCAGAAUCUCACGCCAAAGAGGACAAUCCUCUUAGAAAUAAGCCAGAAAUGGAAAAUGCACUUGAGUCUUCUGGCAGUCCACGACAUAGAAAGAUAGCAGCCAGAUGGGAUCCGCUUGGAGCAUGUCGGCCUACAAUUGAUGAAGCACCUGUGUUUUAUCCAACUAUCGAGGAGUUUGAAGACACACUUGGCUACUUAGCUAAGAUUCGCCCCCAAGCUGAACCUUAUGGCAUAUGUAGAAUCGUCCCUCCAGCUUGCUGGGUACCACCUUGCCCUCUUAAGGAGAAAGAUUUAUGGGAAAAUGCAAAAUUUCCCACUCGUAUUCAGCAAGUUGACUUGCUUCAGAACAGGGAGCCCAUGAAAAAGAAAAUUAGGGGAAGGAAACGAAAACGUAGAAAGCAGUCAAAGAUGGGCAUGGGUAGGAGAACUGCCAAAUCAGGUUCUGAAGCUAAUGUUGCUUCUGAACCUGAUGAGAAGUUUGGAUUCCAAUCAGGGUCAGCUUUCACACUUCAAGACUUUCAGCAAUAUGCUAAUGUUUUUAAAAAUUGCUAUUUUGGAUUGAAUGGCACCAAUGAACAUGGAAAAGUUAGUUAUAAUAGUCACCAGCAGAGAUGGGGGCCCUCUGUGGAGGAAAUUGAAGGCGAAUACUGGCGAAUAAUAGAGAAACCAACCGAUGAGGUUGAGGUGUAUUAUGGAGCUGACUUGGAAACAGGAGCACUUGGAAGUGGUUUUCCUAAGACAUCAUCCUUAACUAAGAAUGAUUCAGAUUUGUAUGCUCUGUCUGGCUGGAAUCUGAAUAACUUCCCUCGAUUGCCAGGUUCUGCAUUAUGUUUUGAAGGAAGUGAUAUCUCAGGAGUUGUAGUUCCAUGGCUGUAUGUUGGAAUGUGCUUUUCCUCAUUUUGCUGGCAUGUGGAGGACCAUCAUCUUUAUUCACUUAAUUAUCUGCAUUGGGGUGACCCAAAAGUAUGGUAUGGAGUACCUGGAAGCCAUGCUCCAGGUUUGGAAGAUGCGAUGAGAAAGUACUUGCCUGAUUUAUUUGAAGAACAACCAAAUCUACUCAAUGAAUUGGUGACUCAGUUAUCUCCUUCAAUUCUUAAAUCUGAGGGGGUGCCUGUGCAUCGCACUGUCCAGCAUGUCGGGGAAUUUGUUGUUACCUUUCCAAGGGCAUACCACUGUGGCUUCAAUUGUGGCUUCAACUGUGCAGAGGCUGUGAAUGUGGCUCCUUUUGAUUGGUUUGUGCAUGGACAGAAUGCUGCUGAGCUUUACAGUCUGCAGUGCCGUAAGACUUCUCUGUCUCAUGACAAGUUAUUAUUUGGAUGUGCUCAGGAAGCCGUGCAUGCCCUCGCACAGCGAACUUUUCAUGGAAAAGAAAAUCCAAAAUAUAUAAAAUGGACAAGUGCUUGUGGGAAAGAUGGAGUUCUUACCAAGGCAGUUAAGACAAGGAUAACUAUGGAAAAGGAGAGGCUUGACUGUCUUCCAACUCAUUUAAAGAUUCUGAAGAUGGACAGUGAGUUUGAUUCUUUUAAGGAAAGGGAAUGCUUCUCUUGCUUCUAUGACUUGCACCUAUCUGCUGUAGGUUGCAAGUGCUCUCCCGAUAGUUAUUCUUGUCUCAGGCAUGCAAAUUUGUUUUGCUCAUGUGAAAUGGGCAAAAAAUUUGUUUUGGUUCGUUAUACUAUGAAUGAACUAAGUACAUUGGUUGAAGCAUUAGAAGGAGAAUCGCAUGCUAUUGAGAUGUGGUCAAAUAGAAACACUGGGAUGGUUUAUGCUACUGCCAAGGAUGCUUGCAUGUGUAAACAAGAUAUGGAUAGUGCCAUGUGCCAGACCCAGAGUUACAAAGAAGGGAAGAAUUCAACUUAUUGUGCAGGAACUAAUGAUAAGUCAAAUUCAAAUAUACCAAGCAGUUCUGGCAGUCACAUUUCUGCAGAGUUAGUCCACUCAGAGUUUCACUAUGAAACUUUAAGUGCACCAUAUGACACUAAAAAUUGUCAUAAAGAUAAUUUAAAUAAAAAAAUCUUGGUCAUGGGCAAUGAAGUUAAGGUGGAGAAGGGAGGUUCUGUGGAUUUGAAUAUUGAUGUUAUAUCUGGCGAGCCUGGAAAUGAUUUUCUGCAUGCUGCUGAUUACCAUCAUAAUAAGGGUGUUCCACAAGUGGAAAAAGUCUUCUAUGCAGAAACCAGAAAGGAACAAGACAACAUGGAACCUGGUGCUGGUUGUAUUGCAUCCUUGGAGAAAGAAUCAUGUUCAAGGGAUGGUCAAAAUUCUUGUACACUUGAUGGUUAUAAAUUGUUUGGGGUGGAUCUGCAGAGGCAUUCUGAUUAUGGAGAGAAACUCAACAAUGUACUUAAGAUGCACAAUGUCGAAAACUCCAAUACAAGUAUAUCUUUGACAAACCAAAGCUUCUUAAUGCAGAAGUUUGAUAUUGUUGUUGAGCCUGUAAAUUUCGGCUCUGUUAUGUUUGGAAAGCUGUGGUGCAGUAAGCAUGCAAUAUAUCCAAAAGGAUACAAAAGUCGUGUUAAGUUCUUCAGCAUUCUUGAUCCACCAAGAAUUUGUAACUAUCUUUCUGAAGUUUUCGAUGCUGGAUUUCUUGGGCCUCUUUUCAAGGUUACCAUGGAAGAACAUCCAAGUCAGGCUUUCACAAACACCUCAGCAGAUAAUUGUUGGGAAACAGUUUUCGACAAACUAAAUCAUGAAAUUAAGAGACGAAGGAGUAGAGGUGAAAUGGAACUUCCUCCCUUGGAACUUCUGCAGAGCAUUACUGGUCAUAAAAUGUUUGGAUUUCUUUCACCUUCCAUUGUUCAGACCAUUGAAGCUCAGGAUCCCAAUCAUCAAUGCGUCGAAUACUGGAAUCACAAAGAAGUUGUCUCUGAAUCUUCAAACAGUGCCAUUGAUAACUGUAAGUUCAGUCCUAGUUCAAGUAACUCUCUAAGUGAUGUCAAGACGAAAUUAUUUGGCGUGGGUUUGAUAAAGCAUGAACAAGAUAACAUCAGAGAAAGUUGUGAUUCAUUUGAAGAGAUGAAAUUGGUGUUACAAGGAUUCUUGAAAAAGGCAAGUCCUGUUGAAUUAAGUGUCAUGCAUAAGUUAUUCAGCUCUGAUGCACAGUUCACUGAGUGGAGAGCGACAAUUAUAACGAUGGUGGAGGAAAUCCAGAAAGCUUGUCCAUAAAAUAUAUGAUCACUGACCUUGGAUAGUCAUUUCAGAAUAGUCAUUAGUGAGUUUCUUUCUUUCGGUGACCAAUUAAAUUGAAGAUGGUGCUGAGUUAAAGUCAAGAUAAAAUUUUGCUACUUGCCCGGUAUCAAUGACCUGUUCAGAGAUGGAUAAUGCUAUUGACCCAUUUUCCUUUUGAAUUUAUAUUUACUUUUGAUGGCCUCGUCUGCAACAUUGGUAGUAUUUAGGUUUUACAUUUUUCUUCCUUAGUGAUCUCCAUACUCUAAUUUCUGUAUAUAAACAAAAAAUAAAUGUUAUUGCUAUACAUGAUGAUAAGAGUAGGAGGAAUACAUGGAGAGUCUGAAAUUUGGAAUAAGUUUCUUCUUGCUCAGAAUAUUGGAUAUCUGAGCUUAGUUUCAAGCAAAAGCAUGCAUAAAUUUCUAC